AUGCAAUGUAAUUACGGAGCAGGUUUUCUGCGCACACGGGGGCAGCCAGCAGCUCGCUCGCAAGCCAGCUGCCCACUUCGUCCUUUGCUCCUGCUUGGAUGCCUUUGCAUACUCCUGGGCGUGACUUGGGCAUUCAGCCUGGCUGCGCCCCUGAAACCAGGUCAGGAGGCUGAGGCCUUCAACGCCCUCAUGUCUGCUGCGAGGCAGUUGGAGCUUGACUUUGAAGGGGCAACUUCGAACAGCUCCGCGGGCAGUGAGUUUGACUACGAGGGCGCUUUUGAGGAGGGGCUCGGGCACGUCUCCUCGGCUUGGUCCUCCGCAGUGGAGGGGCGAGACCUGCGAGAGGUGAGUAUAGGGGUCGAGGCUGACUGGAUCAAAGCUGCCUGCGGCUCAUUGAUUCUGACCCUCCUGAUCGACUUCGAAAAAGGCCCCCCGAUUCAGCUGGAGUUCCGGCUCUUUGGCGGAAGCUCGUGGGACAAGAGCUUUCCAGGCGAGUCCACUUUCUGGGAAGUUGCGGAAGAGCAGCUGAGUCUGGGUCCCGAUGGUUGGAGCCAGGCUGCUAGCCUGCUUCCCUUCGAGGAAGAGCCAGCCGAGCAGGAGGAGGGGGAGGAGGGGGACGACGGAGCAUUCCCUCCCUACCCGGACAUUUACCCUGCCGUGGUGGCGAGGUUUUUCGCCGAGCAUCUCAACUUCACAAGGCAGCGAGCGGCUUGCUUGCAAGCCAGCUGCCCACUUCGUCCUUUCCUCCUGCUUGGAUGCCUUGGCAUACUCCUGGGCGUGACUUGGGCAUUCAGCCUGGCUCCGCCCUUUAAAGCGGGUCAGGAGGCCAAGGCCAUUCAAGCCCUGAUGUCUGCUGCGAGGCAGUUGGAGCUUGGCUUUGAAGGGGUGACUAUGAACAGCACCGCCGUCUGUGAGAGGGGCUGGGGCAUGUCUCCUCGGCUUGGUCUUCCGCAGUGGAAGGGCGGCCUGCGAGAGGUGAGCAUAGGGGUCGAGGCUGACUGGAUCAAAGCUGCCUGUGGCUCAUUGAUUCUGACCUUCCUGAUCGACUUCGAAACAGGUCCCCCUAUUCAGCUGGAGUUCCAGCUCUUUGGCGGAAGCUGGUUGGACAAGAGCUUUCCAGGCGAGUCCGCUUUCUGGGAAGUUGCGGAAGAGCAGCUGAGUCUGGGUCCCGAUGGUUGGAGCCAGGCUGCCCGCCUGCUUCCCUUUGAGGAAGAGCCAGCGGAGGAGGGGGAGGAGAAGGAGGAGGACGACGACGAUGAAGCAUACCCUCCCUACCCAGGCAUUUACCCCGCUGUGGUGGCGAGGUUUUUCGCCGAGCAUCUCAACGUCACAAGGCUGGCGGGUAUGCGGUAUGCCGGAAGAUGCGAGGGGGACAUCCCGGAGGCUUCAAUCUUAGUUGGCGGGGAGGACUGGGUCCGAGGGAGCUUUACCCAAAGCCAAACAAGGUGCCUAGCCGAGGAGCUCUGGGAUGGACAUGUCCCUGAGCAGUUCCAGGUGGACGAGUCCAUGCACGACGCUUUGGAAGAUGAGUGGGAGCACGAGUGGCAGGAGGAAGCCGGUGAGGGUGUGGAGGACUUCGGUGCGGCAGGCUAUGAGCUGAUGUACGAAGGCGGCGAGGAGCCCGAGCCAGACGAAGACAUCGCUGAGGUCUGGCAAGAUCCGGACUUCUCGGCGACUGCAAAGUCUGUUGGAAGCGCAGAGGGGUGGGACGACUGGCAGCGCGUGUCCCAGAUGCACCCGCAGGCGCAUCUCUUCUGCCGAGUCACCUCCGACGAUGCCAUCAGUGACGCUUUGACAGCGAACUUCUGGUUUCUGUCUGCCAUGGCCUGUGUGGCCGAGUAUCCGGCGUGGAUCGUGUCCGCCUUUCGGCUGAACACCACGCUCACAGCCAAUGGUGCCUAUGCCGUUCGCUUUUACCAUCCAGGGAAACAGCGAUUCCAGUUUGUGGAGAUCGAUGACCGCAUUCCGACACUUAAGGGAGGUCCCAUGUCCGCUGGCGUCACCCCAGAAGGGGAGGUGUGGGUGGCUUUGCUGGAGAAAGCGUUUGCAAAGUUCUGCGGCUCCUACAAGGCCAUGGAAGGUGGAUCUGUCGCUUAUGGAUUGUUGUACCUGUGCGGCGGCGGUCUCGCGGAAAGUUUCGAAAGGUCGACGGGUACGACGCGAUGGAGGCACAUCUACACAUGCUGGCACGGCAAGGAUCACGAAACCAUCGACCGGAAACUGGCCGAAGGUGUGGAGGAGGACGGCUUGGAGCUAGAUCAGGAUUCCUUGUGGGCCGUGCUCAGGGAGUACAUGGAGUUUUGCUAUCCGGUGGCAGCGACAGUGAUCCCAGGAGCGCUGGAGGGAUCCGGGCUCAUGCCAAAGCUUGCCUACUCGGUGAUUGGCGCCCGGGAGGUGAAGCUCAAGCAAGGCCUCCUCCGCCUCGUCCGCCUGCGCGAUCCGCAUGGCUUCACCGGGUGGUCGGGGCGCUGGUCUGACACUUCUGAUGCCUGGGAGGCGUGCCCGGCAGCGAAGCAGCAGGUCCAUUUCAAGCCCAACGUCACUGGUACCUUUUGGAUGUCCUACGCAGACUUCUGCAAAUAUUUUGGCCGGAUCGACACCGUGAGGAAGCCGAUGCCUGUGCAGGGCUGCAAGGAGGCGAAGCUGCACGGCGCCAUCCGAGGACUGCGGAAGAUGGGCACAUCCUGA